GAGAGGCUCGUCCCCAUCCCUCUGGGUGCGGGGUUAGAAAGCGGACGAGCCCAUGUGCGGCGAAGCGGGGGGAGGCGAACCGGGAGAGGAGGGCGCGCUCACCCUCGCCCACCCCUCUCGCCACCCUCUGGACAGGCGACUGGUGGAGGACCCCAAAGAGGGCGCGGGGGCUCGUCCGCGGCGGCUCUGUGAGCGCGCGCUGACCCCCGUGUCCCGGUGUGGUCUCGCCCGCUCCCCCGCUCAGCGCAGUGGGACGUGCCCGGGAUUUCGCGUCACCCAUUGUUUACAAACCAAGCCCAGCAGCUGGCUGCUGCGAGUCGGGUUUGCACCGGCGCGGCGCGCGGAGCCGGCCGAGAUGCCCUGCCUGCCCGGGGAGCGCUUUCUGCUGCUGGAGCGCUCGGUCGCCGUGGGGCAGGCGGGCUCCAAGGAGGUGGACGCGCUGGUGGCCAAGCUAGGCGAGGUGCUGCAGCUAAGCGCCCAGCGGGCACCGGCCCCCCGCGGCCCCAAGCACCCGCCGCCCACCACCGCCCGGGGCCGCCCCGCGCCCUAUUCCCCCCGCGGCAGCGGCCUCCUGGUCCCGGCCCCCCUACAGCCACACCAGCCCGUGGAGCCCCAGCGGCCGGGCAAGAAUAGCCAGCGAGUGGCUAAGCAGCUGUGCGGCCGGGGCUGGCUGCGAAGCGCCGCCCACAGGAGGAAGCGGCCGGGCCCCGAGGAAGCGCCCGGCGAAGACGAGGAUCCGCACCGGCUCCUGCAGCAGCUCAUCCUCUCCGGGAACCUCAUCAAGGAGGCAGUCAGGCGCCUGCAGCUGGCGGCGGCGGCCGUGGCCACAGCAACCACCGGCGGCAGCGGGGAGGGGGAAGCAGCAGCCCUGCAGCCUCUGCAAUAGCCCCGCGGGUUGCGGAGAUCCCGUGGCACCGACCUCCGUGCCGGGAUCAGGACAUCGCAUGUGGGAGGGGCCAGCUAUCGGCGGAUCUAUCUAGGGGGCGUCCCCCAUACUUGAAACAGACUCUUUAUUGACAAUGAGACCCCGUGGCCGGGGUCUGGCUAUUCUGUAUAAAACGUGGUGCUAGUUCCGAGGUGCUGUAAGUCUCUGUAGUGGUCGCUAAUGGGGGUGGGGGAAGCAGGGAGCCCCCCUCCCACACCUUCAUCGAGCCUGCCCCGCUUUGCUUAGGUGCAGACCCCCUCAACUCGCUGCUGUGUGUCGGGGCGGGGGAAGGGACUACCACGCUGGGCCAGUCCCGACCUGCCGUUGUUUUGGAGAAAGGGGUCCCCAGUCUUAUGUCAUGGAGGGGAGCGGCAGAUGCAGCACCCGGCAGAGGGAGGGGUACGCGUGUGGAGCGGUGGGGAGGUAGGUUUGGGUGGAGCGGCUUUAAAAUUUCCUGGAUCCUAUUCCUCUGCCCCAAGGUCACCGCUUGCAAUCCCCGAAAGGCGCAUACACCCAGCGCACGCACGGUGGUGGUGCUUUCACCAGCCGGUUGGAGAUAGUAACCCUAUCUUAGCUUGUUUUGACCGUACUGUGGGCGAGCCCUGUGUUUUGCAACUGCUGGGAGUCUCCUGAGGACGUGCACGUUGCCCGAUGCGAGUUGUUGUGCUUCCCUCCCUCCUGCUUUUCAAGAGCUCCUCCUACCAGUGUGAUUCUCAGAAACAGGAUCAUGUUACAGCAAGCUCUCUAAGAACCCCACCAGCCCUCGCCCUUCCUGCGAAUAGCACUGCCACUGCUCCGCGCUCGGGGCUCUUUCUAGGAGGAUGGGCAAGAGAGAAGGCUGUUUGUCUCUUCGCACCCCUGCCCUGCUAUUCCCAAUGCCAGCGCUCUCCAGGCUGGGCGUCUUUCUCGGUACACGGGAGCAGAUUUGUCCGUCUCUCGUGGUCUCACAGGAGCCAUUUGCAAUAAGUCUAAAAUAUCUUCUUGGGAGGUGCGUGUUUCUUUUCCCCUCCUGGGUUUCUUUUUUACACUUUUCCCUUUGUGACUACAGAGCGUUUUUAAAUGUGAAUCUCAGAGUUGGAAAGCCGCUGAACUGAUCAUUGUGAAGUGUGAGUGAAUGAAGACUGAGAUACAUUGUUCACAUAUGGUAGCUAAACAGCUUCCCCCGCCCCCCAAAAACAAAACAAAACAAAACCUCAAUGGCUGGAUUCAAAAGAUGCUGGCUGUUGUCAAAAUAUAUACACUUCGUAACGGAGUGUUUGAAUUGUGUUCCUGGUUUACAGGACUUGUCUUAAUUAACAUGUCUGUACUGAAUAAAUGUGGUCUUGUUUUUA